CGCCCGGGGCGCGAGGGCCACGGGAGACCUGGGGGGACGCGCUCGACCCGUGGCGCGGACUAAUCGGGGGUCAUCCUUGCAGGUGAGAGCCUAGCGCAUUUCCAAGCGCCUAAGCCAUGGUGGCCAAACAGCGGAUCCGGAUGGCUAACGAGAAGCACAGCAAAAACAUCACCCAGAGGGGCAACGUAGCCAAAACCCUGAGGCCUCAAGAAGAGAAAUACCCUGUAGGACCAUGGCUGUUGGCCCUGUUUGUUUUUGUUGUCUGUGGCUCAGGUUGAACACCUAAACACUGGCCUUUGCGGAAGACUGACAGAACUCUCUGGAAACUGUGACCCCAGAUGAAGUCACCCUGGAAACCAGAAAAUGGAGUAGAUGAGGAUCCAGAUGGCCCUAGAAGAAGGACAGAAGCCAUUCAUCUGCUCUGGAGUUCCUUCCUCGGGAUCUGAGUUGGACAGCCUGGAGGAGACAUCUCAGCAGCUAUUGG